AUGUCAACCAGUAUUCACGAAGAGACGCACGCAAACCGUGCUGCAGGAUCAGUUGAGAAAUUCUUCAAUCAAAAUCACUCAGUACAAGUCGUUAUAUUGCAAUGGGUUGAUAUUUGUGGAAUUAUAAGGACCAGAUUACUCCCUGCUUCACGAUUCAGGAACCUCGUGAGAUCUGGUGGUCACCUUGAUUGUGCCCCGUUGGAUACACUCGUACCUACAACCGCUGAAUUCAUCCCUCAAUUAUUCGCUCUUUUCAACGGUAAGGGCAAGAUAUACCCUGAUGUUUCCUCGAUCCGAACUAUGAAGCAUGAUGCAUCCGGAAUCGGCAAUGCAGCUCGUUGCGUUGGUACUGUGGAUUUUCAGAAUACUGAUGCCCGACUCCUCUUGGAUGACAUUGUCAAAAAGGCUGGAGAGUCUCGCGGCUUGAAGUUCCUUGUUGGCAUUGAGUUGGAAUUCUGUCUUCUCGUUCCAGGAACCCUUGAAGCAGCUGAACCUGCAAAGCCGGGAGUGGCUGGUACUUUGGGUACUCUCCGCUCCAAAGUCUGGCCUAUACUCAACGAAAUUAUUGUUGCCUUCGGUGAAGCAGGUAUUGAAGUUCAGCAGGUGAUAAAAGAGUACGGUACAUCGGCCUAUGAAGUUGCCCUCCCUCCUCUUCCUCCCAUUGAAGCCGUGGAUACCUAUUACUACGCCAAAGAAUUAAUCCAGAAUGUGGCACACAAGUAUGGAAUUCUUGCCACCUUCUAUCCGACACCAUACGACGGAGAACAGGGUCAGAAGAGCGGACAGCAUAUUCACAUCUCGACAACCCCAACUGAGGAGAAUAAAGACUGGAACCCUGAUGACACCCUGGCGGGCAUAUUGAGCCAUAUCCCUGCACUCAUGGCAUUGGGCAUGUGCCAGGUUGACUCUUAUGAGAGAGUCAAUAUCGGUAGAAUGUGUACCGGCGGUCUUGUGGGAUGGGGUGACAAUAAUCGAGACAUGCCUGUCAGAAGAGUCACCAAGAACCACUGGGAGAUCCGUGUCAACGACGCUACCUCGAACUCGUAUGCCAUGGUAGCCGCGAUCAUUGGUGCCGCCCUCGACUCGAAGCCUCUUACAAUCGCAAACGCAGCUGAAUUCACAUUGAUGUAUUCCGAUGAAGAAAGAGAGAAAAUGGGACUGACAAAACUUCUUCCGACGUCUCUUGAGGCUGCACUGACGGAGCUGGAAGAUGACAGAGCUUGGGCAGAUAGUGUUCUUGGUCAAGAGUAUAUCGACUGGUUCCUUGCACUAAAGCGGGUAGAGAUGAAUACUUCUUCAAAGAUGGAGACCAAAGAAAGAAGAUUACAUAUGCUCAGCUUCUUCUAA